UGAGGACCUCAGCACUUCAGUUCCAGCAUCUCUUUCUGCAGUGAUUACCACCAACUACUGCCAAGAUGAUGGUAGGAGGUUUAAGCAAAGUUCGACCUGCAACUGAAGAAAUCCAGAAGAAGGUUGAUCAGGUGAAGUCACAAUUUCAAAAAAAGUCCAAUGUAGAAUGUACGGAAUUUAAAGCUGAAAGUUACAAAACUCAAGUGGUUGCUGGGACCAUUUAUUAUGUAAAGGUACAUAUUGGGAACAAUAAAUAUAUACAUAUGAAAAUAGUUGAACCUCUUCUUCAUACAAAUAAUCCACUGGAGUUGUUGGACUUCCAGUGUGACAAAACCAAGGAUGAUGCAUUGGUUUUCUUUUAAUGGCAAAUACCAGAAGGCAUCUGUUUGCUGUCAUGAGCAUCCUGUGCCCAUAAGUACAUUUGAAAUGAAAUAAAAAAAGAUUUUCACAUUAAUGGCAUAUUGGUUAUGUUAUAAAUAAAAAUUAAUUUGAAGGCUUAUUACUAGAUUUAUAAGUCCACCAGAAGAUCCAGAGUGAACUUUGGGACGUGGUGAUUUGAACUGUGUCGGGUUGAAUGGAUUUGUUUUGCAUGUAUACUCUUAUGCUGAAGGAGACUGCCCCUUAAUUGGUUUUUCUUUUUGUCAAUACACCUAGCAAUCAUUGGUUUUGUUCUCUUUCUUUUAAUUCCCACAUUAUUGUCAUUUAAAAAGUUGGUUAUGUGUAUAAGAACCAUUGGAGAAACUAGUCUUCCAAGGUAACUCAGGGGGGAAUGUGUAAUUGGAAAUCUGUUACCCUAAAAACUACAUUUCCCAGGAGCCUACUGACUUCCUGUCGUUACAUGGUGACAUAGACAGGGAGAUAUAUUGGGUGGGGUUCCUGGUCUAUUUUCUCUUUGCUUCCUGUUGGGGACUAUGGUGGAACACAGGGUUUUUGGAUAGGUACGUUAGCCAUGGGUAUGUGAUUUUUUUUGUUAUUUUG